AUGAACCAUGCGUCUGAGCGUGAGAUUUUUAGAAGAGGAUUAGCGUCACAGGCAAAGUGGUCAAUGGCGUCCGAGUCACAGAAUUCCAAGCUCUGUCCCAAGCUAAGUGGUGGGAAGAUGAUCAGCCAAGUAGUCAUCCAACAGCAGAAAAUAAGCCUUUUGUACACCCUGUGGUUCAUGAUGAUCAUGGAAUACAGGGGUUUGCAGAUGGCUACACAUCGCUCAGAGACAUGGGGGCAAGGAGAAAAAUUCUGCUACACCGAAAACAUCUGUAAAGAGAAAGUUGGCAUACACGAGCAUUAUAGGAUCCAAACCCACAGACCCAGAAGGAACUUCACCCCCUCUUCACCCAGGAACAAGCAGAGAGACUGCAAUGUGAACAGCAGAACCAGUGAAGCCAAAGAACCUGGACCCAUCCCUCUUAGCCAGGUUAUAUUUUAUAAAAAUUAUGCUAUAUUGAAAAUAACACUUGGGGCUUUCCUCUCUUACCCUCACUCCAUGCAUUCAAUUACAACUGGAGACAAAAAUGUUACCUAUAACGCUUGUUUCACCCAAAUAUUUUUUAUCAUCCUUACUGGAGCAACAGAAUUUUUUCUUCUAUCUGCCAUGUGCUAUGACCGCUACGUGGCCAUCUGCAAGCCCCUGCACUACACAACCAUCAUGAAUGAAAGAGUCUGCACCAUUCUUGUCCUUUGCUGUUGGGUGAUUGGGUUAAUCGUCAUACUCCCACCACUUAGCCUGGGACUUCAGCUAGAUUUCUGUAACUCUAAUCUCAUUGACCAUUUUUUCUGUGAUGCAUAUCCUCUUCUGAAGAUUAUAUGCUCAGACACUCAAUUUAUAGAGCAACUUGUUUUAAUCAUGGCUGUGCUGACCCUCAUAGGCACACUAGUAUGUGUAAUUAUGUCCUACACAUACAUCAUCAAGACGAUUUUAAGACUCCCUUCAGCUCAGCAAAGAAACAAAGCUUUCUCCACGUGUUCCUCCCACAUGAUUGUAGUCUCCAUCACCUAUGGAAGUUGCAUCUUCAUGUAUGUCAAACCAGCAAAGGAAGGAGUAGCCAUUAAUAAGGUGGUGUCAUUGCUCAACACCUCAGUUAUCCCGUUGAUGAACCCUUUCAUUUAUACGCUACGGAAUAAGCAAGUCAAACAAGCCCUCAAAGACUCGAUUAAAAAGAUGGCAUUCUUUUCAAAGGAUUAG